GCACCGCGCCGCCGCAUCCGCGCCCGCCCCGUCCGAGCGGCGCGGGCGCACAGCCGUGGCCGCGCCGGAGCUGGGGCCGGGGGCCGCCAUCGAGGCGGGGGCCGCGCGAGGGCCGGAGCGCAGCGGCGCCGCCACCGCCGCGCGCGCAAACUUGGGCUCACGCUCGCCGGCGCGGCGCGGAGCCCGGGGCGCCCGGAGCCCCGCCAUGUCGCGCUCCAACCGGCAGAAGGAGUACAAGUGCGGGGACCUGGUGUUCGCCAAGAUGAAGGGCUACCCGCACUGGCCGGCCCGGAUUGACGAGAUGCCUGAGGCCGCCGUGAAGUCGACAGCCAACAAGUACCAAGUCUUUUUUUUUGGGACCCAUGAGACGGCAUUCCUGGGCCCCAAAGACCUCUUCCCUUACGAGGAGUCCAAGGAGAAGUUUGGCAAGCCCAACAAGAGGAAAGGGUUCAGCGAGGGGCUGUGGGAGAUCGAGAACAAUCCUACUGUCAAGGCCUCGGGCUACCAGUCCGCCCCGAAGAAGAGCUCUGUGGACGAGCCCGAGGCCGAGCCCGAGCCCACGGAGGGGGACGGCGACAAGAAGGGCAGUGCAGAGGGCAGCAGCGACGAGGAAGGGAAGCUGGUCAUCGACGAGCCGGCCAAGGAGAAGAACGAGAAGGGGGCGCUGAAGAGGAGAGCAGGGGACCUGCUGGAGGACUCCCCAAAACGUCCCAAGGAGACAGAAGACCCCGAAGGGGAGGAGAAGGAAGUAGCCCCCUUGGAGGCUGAGAGGCCCCCCCCUGCAGAGGUGGAGAAGAACAGCACCCCCUCUGAGCCCGGCUCUGGCCGGGGGCUUCCUCAGGAGGAAGAUGAGGAGUUAGAGGAGGAAGAGGCUGCCAAGGAAGAUGCUGAGGCCCCAGGCGUCAGAGAUCGUGAGAGCCUGUAGCCACCAAUGUUUCAAGAGGAGCCCCUGCCCCAAUCCUGCUGCUGUCUGGGUGCUACUGGGGAAACUGGCCAUGGCCUGCAAACUGGGAACCCCACCCCGCUCUCCUCUGCCACUUACUCUCCCCACUCCAAGCCCAGCCCCUGGAGAUUGACCUGGACGGGGCAGGCCACCUGGCCCUCACCUCCAGAUCCCCACACCCCUGCGAUCUGAGUCAGGGCCAUGCCUUCUGCUUUGUGGGCUGCGAUGAGGCCACUGUGUCCCUCCCUGUUGGGAGCUGUUUCCCAGGGUAUCUCUUGGGGUCUGGAGUUGUGUUUCCACCUCCUGACACCUCUUCUCUGCCCCACCCCCCCAGCCCCAGCAUUCUGGACCUCUGGAUUAGCUGGCAUGGGGGGGGGGGGGGAGACUGGAAGGGAUGGAGAGUAAACAGCAGGGUAGGCUCCUGGGCCUGAGAAGGGCGAUCUUCAAGUUGGGGUCGGGGGCGGGCAGGAAGAUGGCAUCGUCUCAAGUUCCUGUCCCUUUUUCCCGGACCUGUCCUCUCAGUCACCUAGAUUCAGGGAAAGUGGGACAGCCGGGGGGGGGGGGGCUCUCUUCCAUAAACCCUUGAUGAUUGACAACAUCUAUUCUUCCUUUGGCCCCCCGGAGUUCUGGGAGUUGUAGUUGAUCCUCAGAUGCUCUGGGGGCCUCCGAGUUGUUUGGGCCAAGGACCUGAGACCCGGAGGGUUGGCUUCACCCGGCUAGGGUGGCAGUGUUGAGCAUCUGCCCGCCUCGGGUCUCUGGCCAGAGAUGGGGUGCCCUGGGGAGACCCCCACCCUCCUCUCCCUCUCCCCACAGUGCUCAAGGCCAGCCUACAGUCACGUGUGUCACCCAGACAUAAAGGAAAAGACACAUUUUUUAGGAAAUGUUUUUAAUAAAAGAAAAUUAACAAAAAAAAUUUUAAAGCCCCCCCCAUCCCUUUGUGUGCCACCCCCUCCCCGCUCCUUCCCCUCUCUUGCCCCCGUUUCUGAGGUGCACUGGGAGGCUCCCCGUCUAUUGGGGUUUGAUGACUUUUCUUUUCGUAGCUGGGGCUUUGGUGUUCCUUCUGGUGUCCGUUCCCAUCACGUCCCUCACCUGGUCUCCUCAGCGUUGUCACCAGAUCCGAAGCCCACUGGGAGGACAGGGGAGUAGGUGCCCUUGCCCAGCCUCCGCAGCGGCCUCUCUCCCUUCUCCUGUCUCCCCCCUCUCCCUCGGGCUCUGAUGAAAAAUUGCUGACUGUAGCUUUGGGACUUUAGCUCUGAGAACCGUAGACGAUUUCAGUUCUAGGAAAAUAAAACCCGUUGAUUACUACA